AUGGCAAGUGGCUUAAUAACUUUAAUAGCGGAAAACCAAAGUUUUUUAGUACCUCGUGAUGUAUUAACUAAAUCUAGUCUAUAUUUUUAUGCUGCUUUUGAAAGCGGGAUGACUGAAACCAAAACAAGCCAGUUUAGUUUUCCUAAUUUCACCGCUCACCAGUUGGCUAUGGUUGUUCAGUUUCUGCGACCUGAAUUAACUAUUCGGGAUGAUUCUUUAAACAACCAUAGCAGUGGAUUAAACAGUUCUUGUCCAGAGACGUUGAAAAUUUUAGAAGCUUUGGAUUUGGCUGAUGCAGCAGAUUAUUUUCAAAUGCCCAAACUCAUUCAAACUUGUGUACAGAGAAUAUCUCAUAUCAUGAACGAGUUAUUUCAACCAAAAUCCAUUCAACUUCAUGAAUCACAUAGCUGCGAUAUAUUCUCAGUAAUAUUAAAAGAGUUUGCGAAAGUGUCCCACCGUGAAAAUGGUUGUGUUAACAAACUGUUCUCUGAAUACACUAUAAAAUACCCUCAUUUUAUCCUCAGACCCUGUCUUUCAGAUUCAAACUUACAGCAUCUUAUUAAUUUGGCUAUAAGUUAUUUGUCGAAGAGUGUCAUAUGCAUACCAGAUGAAGAUAUAAUUUUAAAUAUUGUUCUUGGCUGGUUACAGAUAUUGAAACCAACUGAGUUUUAUACAGAAAAUACUGUUCAGUGCUUUUUGCAAUGCGUCCGUCCCGGUCUUCUUUCACUAGAUGGUCAAAAAAAGUUAUUAGAUUAUUGGCGCAACCAACAUUCUGAGUUGAAGUGGUUUGGGAAGCUGACAUAUGAAGAUAUGGAAGUAUUUUUCAGAAGUAUUCCAAAUGGAGGAAUUUUUUGCAAGUCUCCGUUAGCUUCUCAACUCCAGCUUUUGCUAUUAAAGCCUAGAGCCGAAUCUCUGUGUUUACUUGGGUUAGCUCCAAGUCGUUCUAGCAACUCAUUAGAAUUUUGGCUUUUCAAUCUUCACAAUGGAGCGUAUCAUAACUAUCCCAUACCUGAUAAUUGUUUACGGGAACUCGAUCUGGACUCCUCUGGUGUUGGCGACAUAGAUCAUCGUAUUUACUUCUGUCCAGUAACGUGUGGAUCUGGUUCUUAUCAAACUAAUUUGUUUGUUAUGUGUUUUGAUCCAAACAAUGCAACAUUAAAUGGCUUUGCUUGGUGUUUGGCUUCUUGUCGUGCAAAACUCAUCCCUCGUUUGCUUCUUUCUCCCACCAACAACAGAAAUGGUACUAUCAAUUCCUUCUGCUUCCGAUCUAGACGUAUCGGUGUAACUACAUUGUCCAGCGGUCUUUACAUGUACUAUCUUUCUUCUAUACAAGAGGUCGCAUGGUUGUGUGCAUUUCGAUUUGAUCUGAGCACUUGGAACUGGUAUGGGAUGGAACCUUAUUGUUUAUCUAGGAACCAAAAUGGGAUGAUGUUAUUUACACCAAUUGAACAGUUAAAUUCGAUCUCACCUGACGACUGGGUAUAUGCUAAUAUUGAGACAGUUUCGUCGAGUAAUUCCAGACACCCACGUCACGGGCUUCAUCAAACUUCAGCACUUCGGUCACAGUUCUUUCGAUUUCGUCCGCGACCUGAUGGAGAUGCAUUAUUUGUAGAAAAUCUACCUAACCCACCUUUCCUCAUCAGAAUGUACCGUUUGCUGGCUAUCAGUUGUUCUCUGCAAGGCAACUUUAGUGAUAAGACUUAUUUGUUUCCUAUGGGGACUUGCUCUCGUGAUUUAGAGGCUACACACUAUUGUUUUGAUACGUUUUCCUGCCAAUGGCUUCGAUGGAAACCGGUUCAGAUGUCAGAUACCGAUGAGUUAAAUCCUAUUGAACAACAUCCUUCUGAAGAUAUUGAGCUAACGUUUAAUCUAUGUCCUAAAAUUCUUGGUUUUCGUGGUCUUGUUUGUGCCACACACCUUUUGAAUAGAUUAGAUGAAAACAAGUUAUCAUUGUCUCGAGAAGCUUACGUUCAGAAUGCUGAUAGUGUUAAAUCAAACGACCAUCCACUUUCCUCAUCCGUAAAUGAUUCAAGCUAUAAUGGAAGCUUAAACUAUACAAAUAAAAAUGGAUUAACAACAUUGUUGGUUUUAGCCGGUAGACCGGAUCAAACUAAACAUGUAACAUCUGGGAUAUGGUUUCAUCAUCCUCAGGCUUGUAAUAGCUCAGACAAAACAGUUGCAUUAUUCGAUUCUCAAAAACCAAACUAUUUUCUGCCAGCUGCAAUCGCUCAAACCCUGGGACAAUACCUUUCACCAACAGCAGUUGUAUUGGCUAACUGGACACACAUUGUUCAAUCUGUAAAUCCCAUCACUUUUUUAACUAAUUAUUCUAAACAAGAAAACUGUGAACUGAAAAAAUUCUCUUAUAUUUACGGUAACUUUCCUGAAAGCUCCAACUGGUCAUGGGAUAGUGACUAAACAACAGAUUCCUCAUGUGAUAAAAGAUAAGUUAGUCCAUAAUUGCAUUUUUCAAAAUUGUAUAUUGGUCAGUGCAAUAUGCAAAAGAAAUCGUUGUAUCAUGUAUCAGUUCAUCAGAUCCACCAGUUCAUCUUUUUC